AUGGCCGCUGCAAGCCCCGCAAAAAAACUUCAGGACGAAGUUACUUGUUCCAUCUGCCUGGAUUACCUUGAGGAUCCCGUGAUGAUCGUCGAGUGCGGGCACAAUUUCUGCAGGGGCUGCAUCACCGAGAACAGCAAGGGAUCCGGUUGCAGCGCCUCCUGCCCAGAGUGCAGGCAGCUCUUUUCCUGGGAGAAUCUCAAACCGAACCGACAGCUGGGGAAUAUUGUGGAAACGGCCAAGCAGCUCCGUUUGCAGCUGGACACGAGCCGCUCGGACACGGAGAGCAGGUGCAAGGCACACCCGAGACCCGUGGCCGUGGCUCACUUCUGCAAAACCGACGGACGCCUCCUUUGCGAGACACCCGGCGUGGCCCGCACAGAAGAAGCUGCUGCCCAUUACAAGGAUAUUGGAAGCACGAUGGACAGAUGCAACAAGAGCAAAUUUCAGUAUCCAGCUGUUCCUGAUACUUCAGCUACGAUGAAAAUGCUCAGUGUAUUCUGUCAAGAGGGGACCUCUCAGCAAAGUUCUUCCGGGGAAUGGAGAGAGAACACGUGGAGACCAUACUGGAUCAAAGAAAAUGUGUUGCUGGAUCCAGAAACAGCCCAUCCCCGAUACGUUGUGUCUCCAGAUUGGAAGUCUGUAUCAUGGGGAGAUGUCCGUCAGCGAUUCCCCUACAACGAAAAGCGAUUUCAGUGUAUUCGCUGUGUUCUUGGAUGUGAGGGAUUCACUUCAGGAAAACAUUAUUGGACCGUGGAUGUAGGGGAUGGAGAUUAUUGGGCUGUGGGAGUGGCCAGAGAAUCUGUGGAGCGGGAGGAGGAAAUUGAUCUUGAACCUGAUGAGGGAAUCUGGGCAAUUGGGCGUUACGGUGACCAGUACAAAGCCCUGACCUCACCUCCUACCCUGCUGGAAGUAGAGGAGGAGCCAACAGAGAUUCAGGUUUCUUUGAACUAUGAUGCGGGGAUAGUUCAUUUUUAUGAUGGUGAAGAUAAGACCCGUCUCUUCAAAUUUCAAUCAGUAGAUUUUGAAGAAGAGGAAAUUUUUCCUUUUUUCCGGAUUGUUGAUUCAUCAACUGUCCUGAGCUUGUAUUCUUAA